AAACCCAAGCGAAGUGCAGAUACGCAAUAAUCAGUCUGAGAAGCACCCAAAGUUGAGAGUGUGCGAAGAAUUGGGUGGUGAGAAUGGGAAGGAGAAAGGGGUAUGUGGAGUUCGAGGAGUCGCCGCCGGACGACUUCGAUCCGGCGCAUCCGUACAAGGACCCGGUGGCGAUGCUGGAGAUGCGCGAGCACAUCGUGAGAGAGAAGUGGAUCCAAAUCGAGAAGGCCAAGAUCAUUAGGGAGAAGCUCCGAUGGUGCUACCGCAUCGAAGGCGUCAACCACCUCCAGAAGUGCCGCCACCUCGUCCACCAGUACCUCGAGUCCACGCGUGGCAUUGGUUGGGGCAAGGACGGUCGCCACCCCUCGCUCCACGGUCCGAAGGUGGAGGCGGUUGAGUCCGAAUGACUGUCUUGUGGAUAAAUAAAAGGGAAGAUAGAUUAUCCAAUCGGUUAUAUUGCGAUAUCAGAUAUUGGGUGGAUGAGUGCUUAUGUUGCAGUUAUUGUGAUCAUGUUCUUUUUCUUUACUCGAACUUCCUGCGAACUACAACUGUAUUUUGACUUGGCCUUGGCUAUUUUUGCUUGCUUAUUAGGCUUCUGUCGCUUGUUUCCAUUUAAAUGUAAACAAGUAUGGAAAGAUAUGGGCCACAGUACAUCAGAAUCAGAUUAUGAAAUAAGUUUAUUUCGUUUCCUGUUAUAAUGAGUGCUUCAUUAAUAAUAAGAUUGUACAUUUAGUUCAUUCCUAA